AUGUUCCACGUUUUAUCGGGGCUCUGCCUCUUAGCCACUUCGCGGGGAGCCUUGGUUCAGGUCACCAACUUUGGAAGCAACCCAUCCGGGCUCGAAAUGUACAUUGACCUGCCUGAGAACGUCACUACAAAUGCUCCCGUUAUCCUCGCCCUCCACGGCUGUGGUGGUUCGGCGCAGAGAUACUACGGGCAGAACAACCUGGCCGCGGUGGGCAAGUCGAGAGGCGCCAUCAUGAUAUACCCAUCUGCCACGGACAGCACACAUUGCUGGGAUGCUGGCACACCAGAGAGUCUUACCCGUGAUGGCGGGGGUGACACGCAAAGUCUCGUGCAGAUGGUCCAGUAUAUCAUCGAAGAGUACAGCGCAGACCCGACCAAAGUCUUUGCCGUAGGGCGGUCAUCAGGAGCCAUGAUGAGCAAUGCUCUUGCGGCCGUCUACCCGGAUGUCUUCGCUGCGACAUCGGUCUACUCAGGCGUCGCUGCCGGCUGCAUGGCCGUACCAGAGGGCGUGCCUGCGAACCCGAUGGAAACGUGCGCCAAGGGCAACAUUACCAAGGCCCCCCAGCAAUGGGACGAGAUUGUCCGGUCGUACAAUCCUGGCUACAAGGGGCCUUAUCCGCGCAUGCAGAUCUGGCAUGGCACAUCUGAUGUUGUCGUCGUGUACCACAACUUUGCGGAGGAGCUCAAGGAGUGGUCCGCUGUUCUGGGCGUUCCUUUCACUCGUAACGUUACCAGCACUCCUGAGGCCAAUUACACGCAGAUGAUAUAUGGAGACGGAACUCGCUUGGUCGGAUACAGUGCACUGGGCGUUGGUCAUGUCGUGCCGGAGCAUGAGUAUGAUGCCAUGGCCUGGUUUGGUAUUUGA